AUGUCAUCACCCAAGCAGAAAACCGCGACUGUCGUUCCUCCUGCAGCUGAAGGAGGAGUUGUCCCCCAGUCAAGCACAACAACCCCAACUACGACUGCGAAUGCUACCCGCAACACCAGCAACGCCAGUUCUAACGAGAAGGAUAAGGCUGCUUCUAGUGAGGCUUCAACAGCAGCGAGCACAAACACAAGCACACAACCAGCUCCGACACCGACACCAUCGCCACUACCAUCAUCGUCCUUUUCAAGCACCAAAAAGCCGAGCUCUAAGGAGGCUGACCAGUAUCCCCAUCAUGUCAUCUUUGUCAUCCAUGGGAUGGGUCGGCAACUGGAAGAAUUCGGAAAUUAUGAACGCAACGUGGGAUACUUGGUCGAGAACACAAAGACGGUGCUGCAGAGCCAGUUCCAUGACCUCAAGACAGAUGUCCACAUCAUCCCCAUCGAGUGGCACGCCAAACUUCAUAACAUGGUCGAUCAACGCAUGUCCCUCACCUCCCUCAGAACCGUUCCCAAAGGUAUCGAUCGAUUUGACACGAACGCAUUGCGAUUGGUCAUGAACGACUACUUUGCCGAUAUCCUCUACUAUUUCAAUAACUAUUACGGCGCUGAGAUUGUGCGGAUGAUUGUGGAAGAGUUGAACGAGGCGUACUCGACAUUUAUUGCCAAGCAUCCAGAUUUCAAUGGCAAGAUCGCAGUCUAUGCGUUGUCUCUUGGAGGAGUCGCCAUCUUUGAUAUCUUGACAUGCAUGGAUGAUGAUGACCCUGAGGAUCCUAAUGACGCAACUACUGCAACCACAACUGAGGCAGCGACAGCAAAGGAUGCGACACCUAGUGCAGAUAAUGCGAGUGAGGAUGCCAAGCAGGCGGAGCCGGCGACCAAAGCAACAAAGAGUACAGAGAGCCCUGCAAGAAAACGGAUCAGGAAGCAGGAUCAGCCAAAGUACCGGUCUGUUAUUCCCAAACUCAAGUUCAGACCGGACUUUCUCUUCACCGUCGGCUCUCCCGUCGGCGCGGUGAUGGUGAUGCGGAACUUGGAUUGGGAAACAUUCCACCCACCAGAGGACAUCAUCCACCACAACCUCUUCCACCCCUUCGACCCGCUUGCCUACAGAAUCGAGCCCCUCAUCGACCCCAUCUUUGCAGCCAUCCCGGCCGUGACGCUCAUAUCUACAGGCAACUCACAACUGUUUCCAAUCUCGUUGCCGUCGUUAGCUUCGUUGCCAGGGAUGAUUCCGGGUACGAUAUCGUCGUUUCUGGAAAAUAGGGUGCCGAAUUUGCCGAUCCCUUCUAUCCCAACGGCCGUGCAGUCAACGCUUUCGCAGAUGACACAGUCGCUCAAAGCGGGGCGGUGGCUUGUUGGAGGCGGAGGUGGGAUGGAGAGGGGGAGUGGGGCUGGUACGCCGACCGGAGCAGGCAUAAGACAGGGGAUCACAACAGAUACAGGAUCAGUCGCGAACGACAGUGGUAACGAAAGUCCUGGCGAGGAUGCGGCGCCUGCAAAGGGCCAGAAGAGAACAAGCCUACUCUCUCAUAGGACGGAUGCAGGUGUAUCAGUAACAGAAGCCAUUGCGGCUGCGACGGCUGCGACUUAUCUAGACCAUCGGGAUCGUGGACCUUCAUCAUUGACUCCCAAUCCGACCCCUGGUGCUGUAGGAUUGUCAACUUUGAUUGAUGGCGGAAUCAGUACCACAACAGGGUCGCCGAGUGUGGUUAUGAGUCCUGUAAGGAGACCGAGUCUCGGGCCACGGAGGAUCAGUAGCCGAGUCGAGGGUGAGACUGUUGAAGAGAAGGGAGCGACAGAAUCCUUCCGCAAAGCUUUACCAACUCCAGGAGAGGCAGAUGAACAACUUCCAUCAACGAGUCAGGCAUCAGCACCAGGAUCCGGAUUUGAUGAAGUACCACCUCCACUGCACAUGGAAUACUACCUGGGCAUGGAGGAGGGACCUUCGACUACGGAGAAGGAGCAAGGGGAGGGUGCGAAAUCGAGGGUUGUACAGGAAGAGAUGGUGCGCUCAGUCCUAUCGUCGCCUAUCCGGGACACACACGCCAAUCAAGAACAUUUCUCGAGUCUAGACGCCAUUACCAUGGCAAAUGCAGGAGCAAAGGAAGCCGAGAAGAAAGGUCUGGACGACAUCCAUGCUGCACAUGAGGCUGCCGAGGCUGCAAAGCUGGAUGGUGGAAUUAAAAGCAAGAAGGCGACUAUUGUAGAUGACACUGAAGGAUCCGAUCACAAGGACAAGGGCAAGGACAGCAACGACAAGAAGAAACAAAAUGAGAGCGAGCCUGUCGUCAAGGUGGAUGAUAUUGGAACUGGACGUGGUCCUCUCCAUGUUGGUGGACGAGAGACCAAGGUCCCUUAUCGGAUUGACCAUGUCCUUCAGGAGACGCGUGUGGACCAGUACACCAAUGAAUACCUCCUUGGCAUGCGCAGUCAUUUCCGCUACUGGGGCAACCGGGAUAUCGCAUACCACAUAUUGAAAACCAUUCUUCAGCAGGAGGGUAGUUUGGAAGGCGAGGUCUUGAACCUAAAACCUGAAAUGCCACGACCCGUCUCGGCCCCCAAGAACGCCAAAGAGGUCGCAGAAGCCAAAGCCAAAGCCAACGCCGCAUCCUAUCACGCCGACCAACAGCAACAGCAGCAAGAUCGAAAGUCGUUCUCGUUUUCGUCGCUCAACCCGUUUUCUGGGUUGGACCAGAGUGACGGUGAGGAUUCUACUCUUGGCGGUAGCGCGUAUUCACGCGGAGCAGGAGAUGGUAGAAGCGGGUACUACAUGAGUGGCAGUCGGGAUGGCGGUGGACGGUAUGGCGAUGAGGAAGAGUUGUAUGGGUACCGGUACUCAGAUCUGGAUUUGAGCAGCGCGGGGAAUGUUGGGUUCAAUAACAACACCUUGUUUCAGAACUCGCCCUUUUCCAAGAGCGCUGGCAGCUUUCCUAGUAUUGGUGGCGGCAGUGGCAGAGGAGGAGCGGUGGAACGUCGUCGACUUUUGGCGUUGGUCAAGGUCUUAGUCACGCGCAUCCCCAACACCAACACCAACACCAACACAACCAACACCAACAACAACGGCAGCAAGGAGAAGGUUCGCCGCCAUCGGUGUCGGAGGAGGACAUAUUUGUGCCGAACCUGA